AUGAUUCCUGACAACGGCGCUCUGCUCAACAUCGCAGGCAACUUCUUCUAUGGCGACCCCAUGCUCUACGCCGAUGGCUGCCAGUUCUGCCCCUCGGGAGGCAUUCAGCCCCUUCUCUUGACACCAGACAGCCUCACCUUCCCCUCUGGCGGCCGGUGUGCACCCCAGGGGUUGGGAGGACGUGUUGAGACGACGCGUGCGGGGGCCAACAAGCACGGGGAGGCGAGUCUAAAGAGGAACUGCUUCACGUUAAACAAGCAGAUGGAGUGCACAGCGAACGAGACGCAGCGCAGCAGCGACGAGUGCCUGGCAUUCUGCAGCAUGUCGCGGGAGCUGGGGCCGUGCGACGGGCACGGAGCGUGUGUGCCGCCGCAGGCGGGGGCAGCAGAGGCGCGCUUCACGUGUGAGUGCGACGACGGCUUCGUCCCCACCAACGGCACCCUCGGCUCCACCUGCGCCCGCCCUGUCCCGCCGCCCACAUCAGCGCUCUCCACGGGUGCAGUGGUGGGCAUCGCUGUGGGCUCUGCUGCUGCCUUUGCUCUCCUCCUCGCUCUCUUUGUCGUGCUGCUCUGGCCCCGCCAACGCAGGCGGUGGAGCGACCUGGACGUGUGUCAGGAGUUCAGCAUGGGGGAGAUUCUGCGGGCGACAGACAACUGGGCGAGCAGCCUGUUGGGCUUCUGCCUGCAUCAGAACGUGGAGAGCGGCCAGCAGGAGCAGAUCCUCGUCUACGAGUUCGUGCCCAACGGGGACCUCAAGUACCACAUCCACGACUCCAAGUCGCCCCUGACCCUGAAGCAGCGGCUGCAGCUGGCGGUGGGGGCAGCGGAGGGAGUGGCGUAUCUGCACAGCUUCGCGACGCCCAUCGUGCACCGCGACCUCAAGCCCGGCAACAUCCUGGUGGGCGAGCACAACCAGGCCAAGAUCGCCGACUUUGGGCUGCUCAAGCUGCUCAGCCAUGCCGACGGUGGUGACGACCGCACUCGAGUGGCCGGCACUCCGGGCUACCUCGACCCGGACUACAACCGCACCCAAGUCGUCUCCGAGAAGAGCGACGUCUACAGGUGCAUGCGCCCUUGCUAUGCCUUUUGUGUGGAUCUCUUUCAGUGCGUCUUUCCUUCCCUGUUCUCCCCACAACCCUUCCAACCAUAUGCAUUAGAGCAGCUUUGGCGUGGUGCUGCUGGAGUUGCUGACAAGGCAGAAGGCAGCUGUAGAGGGCACCGACAGCCACAUUAG